AUGGUCUACGCACAUUACAUUGCCGCCGGCCACUACAACGCCGGGGGCACUACCCCGUACUAUGUGUGGUUGUUCAUCUCCGCAGACCGCAACACCGCCGACAACUUGUUCCGAAUCCUCUACGAUAAACAAGGCACCACGCUGACGGUCCCCCCCGGACCGAGCUACGGCGCCGUCAAGUUCACGCCGCAGAAUGUCAAGCGGCUAUCGCCCCGGUUCUGGUCGGUAGAUGUUGGUGAAGGGAACCCCGAAGCAAUCUCUGCGCUGGGCGCGGCAGGAGCCUUCACGACCGGCAUUGGCGACAAGUCCGACGUCUUUGCUCCCAUUAGUGGCAAGGUGCUCUGUUACUGGAUGGGGGCCUACGCAAGCGGCAUGUCGCGGAUACUACCGGAACUGGAGCGCGACGAGGAGGAUUUCGAUGUCCUGUCCGGCUACAGCUUCUUCGUGCGGCGCCGGGGCUACCCCACUAGUUACUGGUACUGCGACGGCAGCAUGAUCUACCUUUCCGACACGAAGCGGUCGCGCUUCACCGUCGCCAUCACCGACGCCGGAGGCAAGCCCUGGACCCCCAAGCCCAAGGAGCGCGUGCCCCUUAUUCACUCCGACCAUGUCGCCAUCUUGUGGUCCAACACCAAGGGCAAGUUGCUGCGCGUGGGGCUCGACGACCAGGACAAUGGGCUGAUCGUCUCCAAAGGCGACGACCAGACCUUUACGUUCCGCGACUUCAGCAACCGGUUCUAUCUGCAGGACCGCGAUGUCUUGCAAGACCAAAAAGGUCCCACCGUUCAGGGCGUGUGCUGGUCGGAUCGAUUGUCCUUUCAGGACAGUUUCGAGGUCUGCUACGGUAGUCACGCAGAUGAGUAUCUGUGA